CCUUCACUUGUAAAACCCUAACCCUUAUUCUCUCUCGCCCCUGAGAAAAAAGCCCUAAAAUUUUCGAUCAAAUCAGAUUUUACACCAAUUACUUUCUCGGGAAAAAAGCAAAGAAAAUUCUGAAAUUGGAACACUAUGGGUUCGAAAUCCAAGGGCGAUAAUCCACACUCAGGCGACGGUGCUAGUCCUGGGAAGAUUUUCAUUGGAGGAUUAGCGAAAGACACCCAUUAUGCUACGUUUAAUAAGCACUUUGGAAAAUAUGGGGAGAUAGUGGACUCGGUUAUAAUGAAAGACCGCUUCACGGGUCAGCCGAGGGGUUUCGGUUUUAUCACUUAUGCUGAUCCUUCAGUUGUUGACAUGGUUAUUGAGGACACCCAUGUGAUUAAUGGGAAACAGGUUGAGAUAAAAAGGACCAUACCGAAAGGCCAGGGUCAUACUAAGGAUUUCAAAACCAAGAAGAUAUUUGUUGGUGGGAUUCCAUCAACAGUUACUGAAGAUGAGUUGAAAAGUUUCUUCUCGGAGUAUGGGAAAGUUGUGGAACAUCAAAUCAUUCAUGAUCACGAGACCAAUCGCUCGCGAGGCUUUGGAUUUGUAAUUUUUGAGAGUGAGGAAGUUGUAGAUGAAUUGUUAUCCAAGGGAAAUAUGGUUGAUAUAGCUGGUACCCAGGUGGAGAUCAAGAAAGCUGAACCAAAGAAAGCCUCAAAUCCACCACCUGCUCCUGCAUAUGGUGGCAUUUCUAGGGCUCGUUCUUUCAGUGAUGGAUACGGUGGAUUUGACAGUCCUUAUGGUGGUUUUGAUGGGGGCUACGGCCCCGGUCCCUAUAGGACUCCUGGGGGUGCUCUUGGCAGCAGGCUUGGUAGUGGAUAUGGUUAUGGUAGUGGUAGUGGCGAGUUUGGUGGGGGAUAUGGAAGCUUUGACGGCAGUAGCUUAGGUGGCUUCCGAGGUGAAUCUUCCUUUGGUUACACUAGUCGAUUUGGACCCUAUGGUGGUGGUUUUGGCGGGGGUGGUUAUGGUGCAAGCAGUUUAGGUGGAUAUGGUCGUGGUGGGGAAGGCUAUGGAGGAUAUGGCAGUUCAGGCUAUGGUGGUGGUAGUGGAUACGACUCUGGUCCAGGUGCUAGUUAUGGUGGAGCGAGUGGCCUUUAUGGAAGGGGAGGCUAUAGUGGCAGUAGUCGUUACCACCCUUAUGCAAGGUAGAAAUGAAAGGCACUAGUCAGUAUCGUCCCUAUGCGCGCUAGUAUGAAGCCAUUUUUAUGCAGUUGCUUAAGCUUUUGCCUAUAGAAGUUUGUCACAGGUUCCUCUAGUUUUGUUUAUUGAGCAUCGAUAGGUACUUCCUCACUGCCGCUAGAGGCUUCCUAUUGUAUGGCUUAGACAAGCUUUAAACGAUCAGAAGAGCUUUCUCAUUAGACUUUAUGUUCUAUUGUAUGGUUUAGACAAACUAGAUUGUUUCAAGCUAGUCUUUGGUGUGCUUAUUCUAGUUUAAUUAAUAUAGUGUAUUGCGUAUUAUAGUCGGCUUAUUGCAGCGCCUGUUACGAUCUGCUUUAGUUCGUUCUAGAAUAUUAAUCUUUUUUGUUUAGCA